CUUCUUCCCCGGAUGACCUCACCGCAGCCGGCUCUCACCCGCACCGCCCGCAGCCCGAACAGUGACCCGUCGGUGAGUCCCCGGACCAGGCCUGCCCCAGGAGUCUGAUUAAAAAAAAAAAACAAAGGAAAUUAUGAAGACCUGAACUAAGGCUGCCCCUUCUAAGGACCAACUUUUUUUUUUUUUUUUUUUUUUUUACGUUGGAUCUGUGACCCUUCAGUUCCCUCCCAAUGAGUGAGAAGAAAUUAUCUGCGCUACUCUGAGAAAUUCCAUACCAGAAAAUUUUUCUUUUUGGUGAUUCUAUUGCCUACAUGUUAUGAGCAGGAUGCCCUGAUAACUUGAUGACACCAUGAACUGAACAAUGCUGUAAGAGCCUCCAUCACUUCAUCCCAGCAUCAGUGGAUAGGGCAGAGGUGCCGUGAUGGCCACGGAAACCCCCCGAUGUCGGUUACUAACAGCUGAAAAGCUGGUGACCUGGAUGGAAGGAGGAGCAGAAAAGGUUCUUCUUAUUGACAGCCGGCCAUUUGUAGAGUACAACACUGCUCAUAUCCUGUAUGCCAUCAACAUCAAUUGCUCCAAACUGAUGAAAAGAAGGCUACAGCAGGAUAAAGUCCAAAUUGCAGAGCUGAUCCAGCACUCUGCCAAGCAAAAGGUGGAGCUGGACUGGCAAACUCAGCAGAUAGUAGUAUAUGAUCAGACGUCUGUAGAUGCCUCAUCCCUACCACCUGAAUGUUUCCUCUCAGUGCUGCUGGGAAAACUGGAGAAGAUGUUUUGCAAUGUGCAUCUUCUGUCAGGGGGAUUCUUUGAGUUUUCGUCCUGUUUCCCUGGGCUGUGUGAAGGCAAGGCUUCCAUUGUACCCACAUGUAUCUCCCAGCCCUGCCUUCCUGUGUCCAGUGUUGGUCCAACACGAAUUCUUCCUCAUCUCUACUUAGGCUGCCAACGUGAUGUUCUAAAUAAGGAGCUGAUGCAGCAGAAUGAAAUUGGCUUUGUACUGAAUGCCAGUAACACUUGCCCCAAACCCGACUUCAUCUGUGAUUCACAUUUUCUACGUGUGCCAGUAAAUGACAGCUUCUGUGAGAAAAUCCUGCCGUGGCUGGACAAAUCCGUUGACUUUAUAGAAAAAGCCAAAGCCUCUAAUGGCCGUGUUUUAGUCCACUGUUUGGCCGGUAUCUCUCGCUCUGCAACCAUAGCGAUUGCAUACAUCAUGAAAAGGAUGGAUAUGUCCCUGGACGAGGCCUAUAGGUUUGUGAAGGAGAAAAGGCCAACUAUCUCUCCAAAUUUCAACUUCCUUGGACAGCUUUUAGACUUUGAGAAGAAAAUCAAAGCACAGACGGUGCAGGCAACUCCUGCCUGUAAACUAAAGCUACAGCUGGAUAUGGGUAACGGUGAGCAGUUGAGCUCUGCUGAGACCGUCCAACCUCCAAGCCCGCUGCUAAUGCACCCUACCUCAGAGCUGCAGCCUCAUUGCUCCAGGAAGCAGCCAGUAUAUACAGAAGAGGCUCCCCUUCUUUUGGGCCUCAAUGGACUUCAUGUAUCACCGGGAGAGAAACUUGAGGACAGCAAUAAGAUCAAGCGUUCUUUUUCGCUGGAUAUCAAAUCUGUGCCUUAUUGUGGAUUAGCUAGCGUUGUCUCUAUAUCUUCCACUGCAGAGGAGAAAAAAGAACUCUACAAAUCUUCUGCAUCCAUAGACAGUGGCAGCAAAAUGUGCCAGUUCUCUCCGGUGGAGGAGGUGUCGGAGCAGACUCCUGAGACAAGCCCUGACCGUGAAGAAGCAAAGAAUGUUGCAGAGAAACCCACUGUAUGUGUUCAAUCGGAGAGCAAGCAUAGGCAGAAGCCGCAACAUGCAGUACAGAGUAGUGUCCUCUCCCAAAGGUCAUUGACAAGCCCUCUGUUCCGGAGUGGGAGCAUGGAGGACAACCGUAAAACAAACUAUUUGUUUGGAUUGUCCAGUAGCCAGCAGCACUUGGCCAAGUCUGGCAUGGGCCUAAAAGACUGGCAUUCUGACAUCUUGGCAACACAGGCCACAUCAUUGACAGGCAGCUGGUACUUCACUUCCGAUUCUUCCACCCAUUUCUAUUCUGCAUCUGCCUUGUAUGGGGGAGGAGCCUUCACAGCUUAUAGCUGCGGACAGUUGCCCACAGAACCCUCUUGCGCAGUGCGCAGGAGAGCAAAACCUAGUGUCCGUGGGGAUUCUAGGCGUAGCUGGCACGAGGAAAGUCCCUUUGAAAAACAGUUCAAGCGCCGCAGCUGUCAGAUGGAGUUUGGGGAAGGGCUGGUGGACAGUAGGUCACGAGAAGAUCUAGGAAAAGUGGGCAGCCAGUCUAACUUUUCUGGCAGCAUGGAAAUCAUAGAGGUGUCUUGAGCCUAAAGACAGGGUUUGAUGGAAUUGAAGCCAGCAAGCUGCGCUUCUCUGGUCUGUUGUGUUUUUUUUUUUUUUUUCAUUCUUUUUUUGUUCUAUCAUUUAUGUUCCCUGUAAAUCUGAAUCAAGGAUUCACUUAACAAUUUUGCUGUAAUAUCAGCCACCAUCAAUUUAUAUAUAUUUUUUAUUUACAGUACUUUGCUGCAAGGCAGCACAUCACAACUCUGCACACUUACCUCUGUCUGCCGGCACAGCCGAGGCCUCUUUCCUCAAGGGAAUACCCCCAUAAAUUUCACACCUCAACUUGAGCUCAUAUGCCAACCACAGUUUUCAUAAAUGUAGUGAGAAAUGCAGUGUGCCUUGUCAUGAGACAGAUUGUGUGUUUGUUUGCGUAUAAUAAAAUUUGAACCCCGGCUAAUCUUAAAGUGGCUCUGUCACCUCAAUGGUUCUUUACAUGAAUAUACAUGAAAUGUAUCCCUUAUUACAAUAUUAUGAUGACAGACUUGCUAAAUGUUCAGUAUAUGUCCUAGAUUUCUGAUGCAAGAUUUUCCUGGAACUUUUUUCCUCUGUGUGGAAUCUAUUAUGACAAAAUAGAGUUUUUUACUAAACACAUUUAAAAACACCUCCAUAUUUUUGGAGUUAGGUGUUAAUAAGCACAAGCCUUAAUAUUUGCAUCUGCUUCUCUGGAAUCAUACUUUUAAAGUUGCUUGAUCACCUUUAAAAAUGCCGCUUGGGCCCAGAGUUGCAGUAGACGAGUUAUACUUACCUGAUCUUCGAUCCUUAACUCCUGGCACUUAAUUGGCCAGGAGCCAAUGUCUCGGGACAUGCACAAGAGUACAACACUGAUGUCUGUGGGGGGGUCACGCUGGAACCUCUGUAAAUGUUAUCUCAAGAUGAGCAAGACAAGGCCUUAUUCUCCUAGCCGUCUCAAGUGAUGGCUGUGGGAAUUAAAAAACUUUAUAGUGGUAGCUCUGCCUUUUUUUUAUCAAAGGAUUUACCAUAAACCAUAAGCUAGUCUCUAUUUUCUUUUGUAUCUUUUGACUGCGUUGAAAUUUCAAUGAAAUUCCAACAAAGUCUUUAUAAGCAAAGAUUUUAUCAUUCUGAUUUGCUCAAUUUUAUUGGAUGACAGAGCCACCUUAACACAAAAUCUACCUAUGAGCUAUUUUUUUUAUUUUAGAUAACAGUUUUGUAAAGUUUUACCGGAGUUCAAUCUUUUCCUAUAAUAUACUUAAUGAUGGUUGAGUGAAUUGGCUCUUGCUGAUGUAACAGGUUUAUUUAGUUACUUUAUUAAUGUUUGCCGGAAUAAUCUGCAGUUAACACUCUGAUCAUUGACAUUGUAAAUCUGAGAGGAUAAAUGUAAUUUAAGUAUUUGUUUUGUGAUGUACACUAAAAAUCCAAUAACUAUAUUCUAGAGUUUUUUUUGUCUGCCUACAAUUGGACCAGUUUUCAUAUUUUUACCUUCACCAGAUCCUUUUUCUUUUUUUUGAGAAAAUUAUCAGAAUGGAUGUAGCAAGACUUAUGCACUCUGAGAAAUCAUUAAAACAAUUUGUCUUUUUAGAUCUAAUUAAUUUAAAUAUAAGCGGUGAUUGUAUGUACGUUGUAGACACAAGACCUGUUGGGGAUUUAAACAUCAAUAUAUUGAAGAAUAUGUGAAAAGAAGAAAAAAAAAGCAGUAAAGAGGAACUCUCACAUUUUUAUUUGUGAUGAUUUAUGGUGAAUUUGCUCAAGUAAAUACUAUUGAUAUGUGGUUUUGUGGAUAGAAAGUAAUGUUUAUACAACCAAAUUGCGUCUGCU